ACUGACGGCUGACGAGCCUGUGCUCGCGUUAACCUCAGACUUCGAGGACAAGUGGAGGGCUCUGCAUCUAAACAGGCAGAGCUCGUCUCCAGACUUGUGCGACAUGCUUGCUCUCCAAAGACGACAGAAACGCCAGUGUCGCAGGGCUAAAGGCGUCUCAGAGGCUCUGGUUAGGGCGAGUCGUUUGUCUGCCCUGGAGUGUCUGCUGCAGUUUCAGCACGAAAGGUGGAACUGCUCACUCGGAGAGUACAGGAAACACAUCCUCAUGCGAGGUUUCAGAGAAACAUCAUUCCUGUUCGCUAUGUCAUCUGCUGGUCUUGUGCAUGAAGUGGCGCGUGCCUGCGCCAGAGGACUCAUCCCCAAAUGCACGUGCGAUGAGUCCAAACACCUGGACAACGCAGAGACUUGGCGGUGGGGUGGUUGUGGCGACAACAUCCGGUUUGGUUCCAGGUUUACGCACAAGUUCCUACAGUUAAGCAGGCGUACCGAGAAGGACAUCAAGUCAAAGGUGGACACUCACAACAGCCGUGUGGGCAUCUGGGUUGUCAAGGAUCUCCUGGUUACCAAAUGCAAGUGUCAUGGCGUCUCAGGGACCUGUACUGUGAAGACGUGCUGGUUGCAGUUGUCUCCCUUUAAACUGGUCAGCAAUGUACUCAAGCAAAAAUACGAAUUGUCCGUUCGGGUGCUCUCAGAUGUGUUCUCAUUCCAAGGAACUGAUUUAGUUCCUGCCAACAAAGCAGAACUAGCUUACACUGACAUCUCUCCCAACUUCUGUCUCAACAGUAGCUUUUCUCCGGGAACUUCUAGACGAACCUGUACUAAGGGAGAAAACUGUGACAACUUAUGUUGUGAUCGUGGAUAUCACAUUCAGAAACAAAUACUUAAAAGAAGCUGCAGAUGCGAAACAAUUUGGUGCUGCAGAAUACAAUGUAAAGUGUGUCUGGUAGAGAAAGAAGUUCAUUUGUGCAAAUAA